UUUAAAGAGAACAUUGUCCUCCACUGCACAGAGAUGUGAAAUUUCGCUAAAAUCAAAAUACCUUUGUGGACAUCGUUAAAUUCCACCCGGGAAAAUGCGCUGCAGUUGGAGAGCUAAAGUUGCUCAGCUUGCUUGAUCAAUGGACGGAUGCAACAUUAUUUAAUAGACCAGCUCAGCAGUGACCUGUUCCGUUAUUCGGGACCAUGUCGUCCUCCAGUGAUCUCCGGGAGAAAAUCAAACAGAAGAAACGCGCCUUGCGCGACACUCUGGCAAAGAGCACAGGCGGUGUGGACACGCAGGCUCUGGUUGCCACGGAAAUGGAGAUGAGUAAGGACAAGGCCUGGCUGGCGGGCGAGGAGCUGACGGUGGCAGAGGAGGAGCAGGUGGAGAGUCUGAAGAGGAGCCUGAAGGACCAGCGGCAGCGGAGGAAGAAGAAGCUGCUGAAAGAUGUGUCCACAGAUGAUUUGGUGGAGGAGCUGGCGGGGGCGGGGCCGGGGGCGGAGCCCAGAGAGCCAAAGCAUGUCCGACAGGGCGGGGCUGCUCCGGAACCCGUGGCCUCUACCAGCGGCGUUGGACGCAGUUCCAGAGACCUGCCCCCCCUGCCUGUGUCCCCUCUGGGCUCCAGCCAAUCAGAGGUCUCCAUGAGGCAGCGCAUGCAGGAGAAGCUACAGGCGGCUAGGUCUAAGAGCCUCCAGCAGGACUCUGCUCUGGAGCCAGCUAGCCGCCUGCAGGCCCUCAGAGACAGGGACACGCUCACCAGGUUUGACAGAGAGCUGGACGGCAAGGCUGGAAGUGAUCUCCAUGACGAUGGUUUGCCCACGGCUGCAAGAGUAAGGUUUCAAGAGGCUGCCCUCCGAGUGAGGCAGAAGCCUGAGGCGGAGACGGGCUUACCCACGGCCGAGGAAGCAUACAACUUCUUCACCUUCAACUUUGACCCCGAACCUCAGGAGGAACCUGUGAAAGGCAGACGGAAGAGGAGGAUGAAGGUGAGAGAAGGCGAGGAGGAGGAUGAGGAGGAGGGAGCAGGAGAGGAAGAGGAGGAUGGGGCAGAGAUGGCCAGAGAGCCAGCAGAGGAGGAGGAGACAGAGGACAGGGUGGAAGUGGACGGGGAGGAGGACCUGUUGCUGGUGACGCAGACGGCGCAGGACUUCCUGGAGGUGAAGGCGGCGGAGUAUCAGGGCUACAGCAGCCGUGUGCAGCAGGAAAGAGACCUGCUGUUUACCCCCAGCAUGCGACCAGCCCCAGCCUCCUGUAAGGUUGCAGAGAACAUGCAGCCGCGGUACCUGGAGGAGGAGGGGCUGUACGUGGGGGAGCGGCCUGUGGUGUCCCGCUCCAGCCAGAACAUUCUGGAGAACCGCAUCCUCCUGCAGGACGGGGGAAAGAAGUGGUUUGGAGAUGACGGACAGGUCUUGGCGCUGCCUGACCCCAUCAAAGAGUCUUCCACUCGCCCGCCCCUCUUCAACCUGGAGCAGGACCUGGACCCCGCCCUCCAGACCAUCUACAGGAAGGCUGUGAAGUCCAGGUGUGCUGGCAGGUACCGCCCCCGUGCGGGGGAUCCGGAGGGGGAGUACCAGCUGGACAUCGAUGUUUCGGGCCUGGUCUUCACCCACCACCCGCUCUUCAGCCGCGAGCACGUCCUGGCGGCUCAGCUGACCCAGCUGUACCACCAGCACCUGACCCGCCAGCACAAGAACCUCACCGGCCUGCUCACUGACAAGCUCGAUGGUUUGAGGAACGCCCUGAGCAGGAUGACUGAGCUACACAGUGGGCAAGGCCUCACACCUGCCGCUCAGCAAAGAAUAUCCCAGUACAAACAGGAAAUCAGGUGCACACGGAAGCUUCGCGACACAGAGCAGGAGAAGGACCGCGCUCUGCUGAAGAGCAUCCUGAAGGUCUGGAGGGAAAUGAAAGCACUGAGAGAGUUCCAGAGAUUCACCAACACGCCCUACAAGCUCUACCUGCACAGGGAGGAGGUGCAGAGGGCGGAGGAUGAGCGGAGGUAUGAGGAGGAGAUCCAGGUGGAGGUGGCGGAGCUGCAGGAGGAGUGUGAGGAGGAGUACGAGAGGCAGGUACAGGAGUACAGGAGACAGCUGGAGGUGUGGAAGACCUGGAGGAGGAGACAGAAAGCCAGAAAGAAGAAGAAGGGGAAGAAGAGGAAAGAGGAUGAGGAGGAGGAGGAAGAGGAGGAUGAGGAAGAAGAGGAGGAGCUGGAGGAGGAGCCUGCGAAGCCGGCCCCCCCUGAGAGGCAGGACCCAGGAGCUGUGGAGCAGGAGGUGCGGGAGAAAGCCUCCCGAAUCCGCAGGAAACCAGGAGAGCCCGUCCUGCUACCGGAACUCACCACGUCCGGCAGCACCACGCCCAAUCAGCUCUGCCCCCGGGGGGAGUUCGCCAGGAGGGAAGACGUGGCCAGACGUUCUCUCUUCGCCAGGAUUUUGUACAAUGACAAAGAGGUGUCUCGGACGGACAGUCGCACCCUCGCCCCGGAGUUCAGGGUCCACUUCGGCCAGAUAUUCAACCUCAAAAUCGUCAACUGGCCCGAGAGCAUCCGGAUACAGGUGUUUGAGGCGACGGGGUCGUCCCCCUCCCUGCUGGCCGAGGUGUUUGUGCCCCUCCCUGAGCCCACGGUCCUGACUGGCAGCGCCCCCACUGAGGAGCUGGAGUUCAGUAGCAACCAGCGCAGUGUGUUUAACCACGAGGGAGUGGGGAGUGGUGUGCCCUUCUCCUUCGAGGCGGACGGCAGUAACCGGCUCACCCUGCUGACCUCUGGGAAGCUGGCCUGCUGUGUGUCCUGGGCAGUAGGGGAAGACCAGGUCCCCCUGGCCCCGCCCAUCUCCCAGCCGUCUGCAGGCAUGCACAGCGCUCUGAAACGGGUGGACGCUAUUGCCUGCAUCGGGGCGUCGGGGCUGAAUGACAUGAGGAAGCUGGGGAAGUGGGCAGCAGAGUCUCGGCUGGAUCCCAAUGACCCAAAUAACGCUGCACUCAUGCAGCUUCUCACGGUGGCCGGUAGCGGAGAGCUGCAGGUGCCGGCGUAUUUCCGGCUGGAGCAGCUGCAGGAGGAGUUUAACUUCGUCUCCUCCGAGGAGCUGCAGCGCUCCAGGAGGUUCCACCUGCUGAGCCUGAGGAGCCAGGAGGUGGCCGAGUUCCGCAACUACAAGGGCGUACCCGCCGUGGAGCGAGAGGUCUCCGACAAGGUGUUCCAGGACUAUGAGAAGAGACUGCGGGAGGGAGAGAUCAUCGAUACUAAGGAUCACCUGGACGCCCACCGGGCCCUGGUGGCCAAAUACCUGCAGAAGGUGCGAGAGUCGGUUGUUAACCGUUUCCUCAUCUCCAAACAUCACUUCCUCCUUUCUGAUCUGGUCCAAGAGGAAGAGGUUCCCAGCAUCGGCGUUUUGGGGCUGAACCUGUUCAAACUGGCGGAACCCAAGCGGCCUCUGAAGCCGCAGAGGAAGGAGAGGAAGAAGGUGACGGCCCAGAACCUGACCGACGGCCACAUCCGCCUGCUGGUGAACAUCAUCAGAGCUUACGACAUCCCCACCCGCAAACCGCACACCAGUAAAGCCUCAGUGGGAUCCAGAUCGGCCCGGUCCUUUGCAGAGCCGUUUGCUGCAGGACAGACUUCCCAGAGUGCCGUGCAGAGCAGCGACUGGCCCCUCAACCAGGUGUUGGUCCAGCCCUUUGUGGAGGUGACUUUCCAGCGCUCAGUGCGCCGCACCACAGCUGCAGACGGACCGAACCCCUGCUGGAACGAGGAGCUGGACCUGCCCUUCAGUGCACCCAAUGGGGAUUACAGCACGUCCAGUCUGCAGUCUGUGAGGGAUGAGGUCUUCAUCAACAUCUUCGACCAGGUGGUGUACGACGUGGUGGAGGAUGACCGGGAGAGAGGGAGCGCUGUUCACACUCGCAUUGAGAAGCACUGGCUGGGCUCUGUGAAGAUUCCUUUCACCACCAUAUACCUGCAGUCCAGGAUUGACGGAACCUUUAAGGUGCACACGCCGCCGGUGCUGCUGGGAUACAGUAAGGAGCGCAGCCUGGCCAGCGAGGGGGGGUACGAUUCCGUGCACUCCCUCAACGAAGGACCCUUCCUCACCCUCUUCAUCACCAUCCAGCCGCAACUCAUUCCUGGGGAGACCAUCCGGGAGAAGAUGAAGGAAAUGAAGUUUGACUCUCAGGAGGAGGAGAAGCUGCUGGCGAUGGCGGACGGCUUUGAGAAGGACGCGGCGCUGCGUUUCCCGGGCCGGCCCUGCCUCACCACCGUCAUCGACCUCAGCGGCAAGACCGUCUUCAUCACGCGCUACAUCCGCCCCCUCAACCCCCCCCAGGAGCUGCUGGACGCCUUUCCCAACAGCCCCCAGGAGGCCAUGGAGCUGGUGGCUCACUAUGUGUCUCUGAUCCCAUCCCUGCCGGACAGCGUGUCCUUCUCAGGAAUCUGUGAUCUGUGGAGCACCUGUGAUCAGUUCCUGUCGCUGCUGGCAGGAGAUGAGGAGGAGCAUGCUGUGUUGCUGUGCAAUUACUUCCUGGCGAUGGGAAAGAAGGCGUGGCUAAUCAUUGGCACCGCCAUUCCUGAGGGCCCCACAGCGUACGUACUGACCUGUCAGCAGAGCCGCUUGGUCAUCUGGAACCCCAGCAGCGGGCAGUGCUACGGCCAGUACGACACCUUCUGCCCCCUGCAGGCCGUCGGCUGCCUCGUCAGCGCAGAGAACGUGUGGUUUAACACACAGGUGCACGACGCCCCCAUGAGAAUGAGUUUUGACGUCAGUAAAUCCAAGUUUUGGAAGCCCUUUUUCUCACGAGCUUUCUCAGACCCUGGGCUGUCCAGUGUCCAGCCGGACCAGCUGGUGUAUCGACGCACUGACAAAACAGCUGCUGUGGAACUGCAGGACAGGAUUGAGAAGAUUCUGAGAGAGAAGAUGAUGGAGUGGCGCCCCCGCCAGCCCACGCGCUGGAACCGCUACUGCACCUCCACCCUGCGCCACUUCCUGCCCACGCUGGAGCUGAGUGCCGGCCGCCACCUGGGAGAGGAGCACCGCCUGGAGCUGCAGAGCAUGCUGGGAGAUUACAGGCUCUCUGGGUUCCCGCUGCACCAGCCCUUCUCUGAGAUGGGGCCGCUGGUGGAGGCGGUGUACAGCACGGGGGUGCACUGCGCCGGGGCGCCCGGCACCGACGCCUCCAACGUGGAGUUCGCCCUGGCCGCGUACGUGCACCCGUACCCCAACAACGUGCUGUCCGUCUGGGUGUACCUGGCCUCCCUGAUCCGCAGCCGAUAGCAUCCCCUCCACCUGCCGCGCUUUCCAGCACCAGGGCCCUCACCCUCCAGGACCAGGGCCUCAUCCUCUAGGACCAGGGCCCUCACCCUCCAGGACCAGGGCCUCAUCCUCCAGGACCAGGGCCCUCAUCCUCCAGGA